UUUAUUUCAGUUGUAGGCCAUCAUAUUUAUUCCAUGCUAACGAAUAGUAUUAGUGUGCAUAGAAAUACCAUUUUAUACCCUGUCCUAUCAUAGACACUGUACACUUUAUUCGAUUUAUUAGAAAUUUAUGGAUUGUAAAUGCAACAUUCUCUGAAGACUCGCAGGCUCUUGUCCGUGCAACAGUCUGAUGCCCCAUGAGCACUUGUAGAGUAAAUACCAACCCACUCUUACACAUUUUACAAGCUUAGUUUAUGGCAAGUAGAGACAAAUUUCGCCAGACACACCCCUAAAACUUGGACGUGGUGGUCUGCGUCUCUGAUUGGUCGGGAAGCACGACUGACAACACCUGCUUAACUCCUUCAUCCAAAUUGACACCCGGACUCUAGGAAAUAUAUCCAGCAUCCAUCCCGUUUCCACUCUCACACGGUAGCUCUGUCACGUCGACCAGUAUCCACACCAGAUCCCAGGCUGGCAGCCUGUCGUUAUUCAUCGAGAAAACUGAGCGUAGAAAUGUUGAUCAAAUGUACACUAGCCUUGCUACUUGUCUCCGUCUUGGGGGAAGUGGUGGGAACGGAUAAUGUUGAUGUUCACGAGAGUCACCCCGAGAAACCGGCCAGUCAGAAGGGACGCCUCUCUUUACAAAAUACAGCUGAGAUCCAGCACUGUCUUGUGAGCGCAGGAGACGUUGGCUGCGGUGUGUUCGAAUGUUUCGAGAACAACUCCUGUGAAAUUCGGGGCCUCCAGGAAAUCUGCAUGACCUUCCUGCACAAUGCUGGAAAGUUCGACUCGCAGGGCAAGUCCUUCAUCAAGGAUGCUUUAAGGUGCAUGGCUCACGGUUUAAGGCACAAGUUCAGCUGCAUCAGUCGAAAAUGCCUGGCCAUAAAGGAGAUGGUCUUCCAGCUUCAACGGGAAUGCUACGUGAAACACAACCUCUGCUCAGCUGCUAAAGACAAUGUCAAUGUCAUGGUGGAGAUGAUACAUUUCCAAGACCUAUUUCCCAAAGGGCCGUACGUUGACCUGGUGAACAUCUUGCUCAGCUGUGGAGAGGAGGUGAAGGAGGCCAUUACCCGGAGCGUGCGUCUGCAGUGCGAGCAGAACUGGGGCGCUCUGUGCGACAGCCUGAGCUUCUGUUCGUCUAUCACCGCCGCUCCAGCGCCAGGCGUCCUUGAGCGACGUCCAGCGGUUUCCUCUCAUUCAGAGGGGGAGCACCACAAGGGCGCUCGACAAGGAGACCGGGACAAACCCGGCAAGGUCGGGUUCAGUUCCCACACGAGAAGUCGGAGUCAAGGCCCACGGCGCGCCAAUUUAGAUGCGGCCGUUGCCGAGCAGGAAGACUCUAAAAUCAGUGACAUUCGGAGGUGAAAUAGCAGGAUCACCUAAAUUGACCAUGACACCCCAAUCCCCAACUUAACAGACUCAGCAGACCUCCUAAUUCAACCCAUUCACCCUCACAGUCAUUCCAGCACUCCCAAACUGUACAUUUUGCAAGGGUAAAUGUGGUGCAGAUUUUUUGAUACUUCAGAUUAUAUUGCAGAUUGUUAAUUUUGUAUAACUCUGUGCUUUAGUUUUACUUUAGUUCUAAUACAGUAUCUCUUAUUCGCAAAUCGUAUCCUCCUUCAGAUUCAAUCGCUUUGAUUUAUUUAUUUCAUGCUUUAUGCAGUGUUUGAAUACAUGUACAUAUAAAUCUAUGUAUAUCUAUAUUUAUAUAAACAUGUCUAAAUAUAGCCUCCAUAUUCGGUAACGAUAUACUAUAUGUAAUAUAGCGCAAAGAAUGCUCGCUGUUGUAUUAGUUACAUUAUUGCACCAAUUUACGCAUCUGACUGUAGAUAUGUAAGAUAUGUUUGUUUGUUUCAGAAAUGUAUGUGUAAUUGUUAUUUGAGAUACUUGAUUAAAUACAAGCUGUACAGGAUUGAAGUCCAGGUCUAGCACAUACACCGCUAUGUGCUUUUUAGAAGGAAGUCAUUUCGAAAAAAAGAAAGAAAAAAAAAGCUUAUUGUGCCUUGAGAUUAUUACCCCAAAAUAAACUGUGGAACCCAAGCAGAUGCAUUACGGUUGAAUGCCCUAAUAUAACAGCCCCUUAUAUACAGUAGUGUACAGCAUUGCAUUCAGAUUCGUCUCAAACAAGUGCCCUGAUGGUAUCGUUUAAGUCUAAUAUGUGUGCUGCAUUUAUAGGCUUUGCCCAAACAGAUUAGUUCAACACAGAACGACUUCAGCGUACGGUGUCUCGUGGAAAGCAGGCCUGUCUGUGUUCUGGCCAAAUCCACAGCCAGCCACUGGUGUUCCCAAACAAAAAAUAGCAAUUUUUCUCCCAGAGCCACUGAGAAGAGCCAGAAGCUGGAACUGUAUUCGGCUGGCCUUAGACCCAGGAACUAGGUUAAGUCUACACAAGAAGCUCAGGGUAUUAACUGACAAUAAUAUUGAAAUGGGCAGAUUAUUGUUUACUAUAGCAGCGAGAGAAUUGUUUUGGGCCCUUGCCACGUGAUUGGUUAACACGAUGAUUGGAGAUGAUUGUUGGUUUAAGAAUAAGCAAAGGCUUGAAUAGCAGACUAAAUAUUACAAGUUACUUUGACCAAUCAAAUUUUUAAUGCGCUCAGGUAUUUCAGUGAACAUGAUGGUAAAAUGUGAUCAACCUUGGGUCUAGCCCUGGAAAACAUUUUCAAAAUGUUAUAAUGAAAACAAUCUAUGUACAACAGUUACAAGGAAUGUUGGAUUCCAUAUCACUACAGAUAGCAUGUUUUAAUUGUUUUAGAAAAAUAAAUGCUAAAGCUCAUUUCUUAC